AUGAGUAAGUUAAAUCGUUUAUUAAGGUGUGAACAACGUGUUAUCAGUUGCAACACAUUUCGAGCUAAAUAUACUACUACUACUACUACUACUACUACUACUACUACUACUACUACUACUACUACUACUACUACUACUACUACUACUACUACUACUACUACUACUACUACUACUACUACUACUACUACUACUACUACUACUACUACUACUACUACUACUACUACUACUACUACUACUACUACUACUACUACUACUACUACUACUACUACUACUACUACUACUACUACUACUACUACUACUACUACUACUACUACUACUACUACUACUACUACUACUACUACUACUACUACUACUACUACUACUACUACUACUACUACUACUACUACUACUACUACUACUACUACUACUACUACUACUACUACUACUACUACUACUACUACUACUACUACUACUACUACUACUACUACUACUACUACUACUACUACUACUACUACUACUACUACUACUACUACUACUACUACUACUACUACUACUACUACUACUACUACUACUACUACUACUACUACUACUACUACUACUACUACUACUACUACUACUACUACUACUACUACUACUACUACUACUACUACUACUACUACUACUACUACUACUACUACUACUACUACUACUACUACUACUACUACUACUACUACUACUACUACUACUACUACUACUACUACUACUACUACUACUACUACUACUACUACUACUACUACUACUACUACUACUACUACUACUACUACUACUACUACUACUACUACUACUACUACUACUACUACUACUACUACUACUACUACUACUACUACUACUACUACUACUACUACUACUACUACUACUACUACUACUACUACUACUACUACUACUACUACUACUACUACUACUACUACUACUACUACUACUACUACUACUACUACUACUACUACUACUACUACUACUACUACUACUACUACUACUACUACUACUACUACUACUACUACUACUACUACUACUACUACUACUACUACUACUACUACUACUACUACUACUACUACUACUACUACUACUACUACUACUACUACUACUACUACUACUACUACUACUACUACUACUACUACUACUACUACUACUACUACUACUACUACUACUACUACUACUACUACUACUACUACUACUACUACUACUACUACUACUACUACUACUACUACUACUACUACUACUACUACUACUACUACUACUACUACUACUACUACUACUACUACUACUACUACUACUACUACUACUACUACUACUACUACUACUACUACUACUACUACUACUACUACUACUACUACUACUACUACUACUACUACUACUACUACUACUACUACUACUACUACUACUACUACUACUACUACUACUACUACUACUACUACUACUACUACUACUACUACUACUACUACUACUACUACUACUACUACUACUACUACUACUACUACUACUACUACUACUACUACUACUACUACUACUACUACUACUACUACUACUACUACUACUACUACUACUACUACUACUACUACUACUACUACUACUACUACUACUACUACUACUACUACUACUACUACUACUACUACUACUACUACUACUACUACUACUACUACUACUACUACUACUACUACUACUACUACUACUACUACUACUACUACUACUACUACUACUACUACUACUACUACUACUACUACUACUACUACUACUACUACUACUACUACUACUACUACUACUACUACUACUACUACUACUACUACUACUACUACUACUACUACUACUACUACUACUACUACUACUACUACUACUACUACUACUACUACUACUACUACUACUACUACUACUACUACUACUACUACUACUACUACUACUACUACUACUACUACUACUACUACUACUACUACUACUACUACUACUACUACUACUACUACUACUACUACUACUACUACUACUACUACUACUACUACUACUACUACUACUACUACUACUACUACUACUACUACUACUACUACUACUACUACUACUACUACUACUACUACUACUACUACUACUACUACUACUACUACUACUACUACUACUACUACUACUACUACUACUACUACUACUACUACUACUACUACUACUACUACUACUACUACUACUACUACUACUACUACUACUACUACUACUACUACUACUACUACUACUACUACUACUACUACUACUACUACUACUACUACUACUACUACUACUACUACUACUACUACUACUACUACUACUACUACUACUACUACUACUACUACUACUACUACUACUACUACUACUACUACUACUACUACUACUACUACUACUACUACUACUACUACUACUACUACUACUACUACUACUACUACUACUACUACUACUACUACUACUACUACUACUACUACUACUACUACUACUACUACUACUACUACUACUACUACUACUACUACUACUACUACUACUACUACUACUACUACUACUACUACUACUACUACUACUACUACUACUACUACUACUACUACUACUACUACUACUACUACUACUACUACUACUACUACUACUACUACUACUACUACUACUACUACUACUACUACUACUACUACUACUACUACUACUACUACUACUACUACUACUACUACUACUACUACUACUACUACUACUACUACUACUACUACUACUACUACUACUACUACUACUACUACUACUACUACUACUACUACUACUACUACUACUACUACUACUACUACUACUACUACUACUACUACUACUACUACUACUACUACUACUACUACUACUACUACUACUACUACUACUACUACUACUACUACUACUACUACUACUACUACUACUACUACUACUACUACUACUACUACUACUACUACUACUACUACUACUACUACUACUACUACUACUACUACUACUACUACUACUACUACUACUACUACUACUACUACUACUACUACUACUACUACUACUACUACUACUACUACUACUACUACUACUACUACUACUACUACUACUACUACUACUACUACUACUACUACUACUACUACUACUACUACUACUACUACUACUACUACUACUACUACUACUACUACUACUACUACUACUACUACUACUACUACUACUACUACUACUACUACUACUACUACUACUACUACUACUACUACUACUACUACUACUACUACUACUACUACUACUACUACUACUACUACUACUACUACUACUACUACUACUACUACUACUACUACUACUACUACUACUACUACUACUACUACUACUACUACUACUACUACUACUACUACUACUACUACUACUACUACUACUACUACUACUACUACUACUACUACUACUACUACUACUACUACUACUACUACUACUACUACUACUACUACUACUACUACUACUACUACUACUACUACUACUACUACUACUACUACUACUACUACUACUACUACUACUACUACUACUACUACUACUACUACUACUACUACUACUACUACUACUACUACUACUACUACUACUACUACUACUACUACUACUACUACUACUACUACUACUACUACUACUACUACUUUGAUGUCGAAGUGUAAAUUUAACAAUUUAUCGACAGUUUGGAAUUUAUAUUCGAAUGUGGAUAUGUGUUUUAACAUCAUUAUGUGGAUAUUGUUAAGAAAGAGAAUGAUUAAUAGAGUACAACAGCAUUCAGUCAGACUGAGAACUAAUUUACCUGAUUUAUCAGUAAUCCGCCAGCUACCAACAUCAACUUCAUCACUAUUCACUGAUGGGAAAAGGUUUUUAGUUUGUGAAGAACAAUGCGUCAAAACAAAUAAUCAUAAUAACAACAGUCAUUUAAUUACCUGCGAACAAUCUAACAAGUUUAAGCAGGUUUCAACAAAAAAGAAGAAUUUAUAUAACCAUCCAGAUUACUCAAGAGCUUGCCUGAAAUAUGCACCAGUUGAUUCGAAUCCUGACCCAGUGAAAACUGUAAAUGACCUUCAUUUUGUAAAUCACCCUCCUGCUUCAACAUCUUCAUCCUACAGAGUUUUAAAUCCUCAUUCACUGUCUGAUUCUGUUAUACCCAUGAAUACAUCACUUUACUCAAAUGUGUCGACAAAUUUCACUGAUAUUAACAAUAAGUAUAGUAAUGGCAAUAAACAGUUGCGAUGUACGAAUUUCCGUGGAAACAAAAGUCAAAUUACACGAUCUGUACAAUUAUCCUGUCGUGCAAAUAUUAUGAAAAGGAGAACAGAACGUAAAAGCCGAAAUAAACCACCUACAUUGAACCUACUGAUGCCUUCAUUGUUAUCAGAAUCAUUUUCUAAUCAUCAAAUAAGAACAGAGAAUGGUGAACUAAAUGAGAGACGUGCAAAUCAACGAAAAGAACGAUCACGUCUAGCUGCACAGAUAAGACGGAAUCGUGAAGGUCAGAGUUUAAUGUUAAUGCAGAAUGCCCUACCAAUAUCUUCUCGCGUACUGGGAUUAAGUUUAAUCCACUUGAAAUGUGAUACAUCUCACUAUAGCAUUGGAAUCAAUCAAUCUGCAUCAAGAAAUAAUGAAUUACAAUCGGGAACAGUAAGCAAUUCACAAAAGAAGUUUUAUAAUUCUACUGCAGCAUCGUCGAACCCUAUCAUAACAACUCUGACAACGUCAACCAGUACAAUGACACUACCGUCGACAACUUCAAGCACAUCUGCAGCCAUUAAUUUAGAAAAGACUGGAGUGCUUCGUAUUGCUGGACAUACUCUGUUCCUACUUAAUAAACUUUCUUCAUAUCUUGGAGUACAAAUGCAACUUAACUUAGGUUUGAACAGUCGUUCAAUGUACGGAAUGUUGAUUGAUUCAAAAGAAAUGCGAAUUGCUUAUGCUACUCCAGCUCUAGCUGAAGCUGUUGGUUGGCCAUGGAUAAAACUUUUAGGCGCCCCUCUAAACAAACUGAUAAAAUUUACUGAAACAUGUCAGACUUCGAAAGAAAUUCCAAAAAAAUUAUUAUCGAAGUCAUAUUGGCCACCGUCAAGUUCUUAUCCAUCCUUUAAUGAAAUAAUGAAAACACCAACCUCCGGAACUCUUAAUUCUCUUUUCACUGUAAAUACUUCAAUUAGUGGAGACAAUGAUUCAUCUGUAGAUAUUGAGGCACCUAACGAAUUCAUUCUACCGCAAUUUGUAACCCUUUCAAGAUUGAUUUCUAAGGAACACCAGGCAUCAUCUACAACAAGAUCUAAUAAGUUAGAUGACACGAACAUAACCAAUUCUCAUUCUAUUCCGGUGAACACAAAGAAGAUUAACUCCACAUUUACUACCACCAAUGACAUUACUAGUGAAUUUCAACCUAACAAAAAGAGUAAAAGUCAUCAUAUCACAAAGGCUCAUGGCAUCAAAAACUCUUAUCAUCAUUCAGUUAAUGACAUUUCUAACAAAAAUCAACAUCCAUUGCCUACAACAGUGAUGUCAACAAGAUUUCAGUCUUCUAACACCACAGUAAACACAGUCGGUUCAAGUACUGACGUUACGCGAAACAAUAGCACUAUCAAAAAGGAUGAAAAUUGUACUUUUAAUGCUUAUAAUUGGGUGAAAACAGAGUCGUCUAGUCAAAAGAUGUGGAUUAAUCCAACACGUAAUGAUAAGGAAUUGGUUUGUUAUUGUUGGAUCAGUUCAAUGAUCAGUGCACGUUCUGAAUGUUCAAACGAACUAAGCCAAUUUCUAGAAACAUUAGGUGCCUCUGGUGUAAGUGAUAAUCAAGUUGAUGAUGAUCAAAAUAACGGUGUUAAUGAUAUCCGUAAAUGUUUAUUAGAUAAUGAUUUACCAGUGGAUGCCAUCACAGAUGAUACACUUUUGUCGAAUCCACUAAACUUUGAUUCACCAUGGCCUGCAUCUCCUUCUCCUUCUGUAACUAAUACUACAAGUACUUCAGAUAGCUUUUUUGAUAACUUCGACUGGAUAUCAUCUACUGGGCUAUAUUUAUGUCUUUUGCAACCUAUAGACCGAUGUAUAUCAACCUAUGAUUCGAUAGUGAAUCCAAUAGACUCAGCUUUUAAUGAUACAAUGUCUUAUGCUUUUACUAAUAAUUAUAACCGGAGUAAUGACAAAAAUAAUGAACUUGUGGGAAGAAAGAAAAUCUCCGGUACAUCCCUUUCUAAACUAAGUAUAGAUGAAGAAAAUUAUGAUGCUGACGAAAAAAUGGAUUGUUUACUUCCUUCGAUACCAUAUGAAAGUAUGACUUGUAGUCAUACUGAUGAAACAUUACUUGGACCACCCAAUAUUGCCUUAUCAUCACCGUCACCCUCAUCAGCUUCAGUAAUAUCUACUUCAUCCGAAGAAAAAACUGAUCAUAUACAACCAAAUUUUAUUCCUUGUCUUACAUAUUUGAAUUAUGCACUGAAGAUUAAAGCAGUACAAGGAAAUUAUAAGGAAUGCUUUAAUGGUGAUGAACAAAGUGGUAUAAUUGGUCGUUCGUAUCUAGAUUUUAUUCAUCCUGAUGACUUAAAACAGGUUACCAAUGUUUUCGAUACAAUAACUCAUUCCAAUUCACUGGGAUGGAUCAGCCCGUGUAGAAUAUCAAUGAUCAAGCAGACUGUGAAUACUGAAACUGAGAAGUCAUAUCGAUGGGUACGCAGUUUAGUAGUGUACAAUGAAGUAGACAAGAUAUUUGUUUGCUUCCACCGAUUUCUUGGAUUAUGCGAAUCAUGCACAUAUGCAGUUAGUCUUAAUCAGGAAUUACUAUGCACAAAUCUAGAAAACUCAUUUAUACAAUUCCAGUCAGAUUUGAACACUGAUGACCACACUACAAUCGAACUAUCUCAAGGGGUCAUGGAUCCACUAACCUGUAACACAUCAUAUGAAAAUUCAACCAAUUUUCAUUACCGGCCUAGAAAUAAACAACUUCGUGUGUCUAAUUCAUCAAUUAGUUCACUUCGGGUAAGAUCUUGUACAAUGAAUAAAAAGUCUGUGUCUAUGUCGACUAACAGAGUUGAUCAUUGUAAAACGAUUAAAUCCAUUCCUAUUCAAUCUAUCCCACCUUUGAAACAACGAUUUCCAAAAGGAUAUGGUCAAAUUAUUUAUCGAGAUAAUCAAAUCAAAACAAUUACAUCACCCUUUUGUAAUAAUAGUAGUAUUAAUAUGCCUAAUUUACCGCAGUUGGACAAUAAUUUAUACAAUGGGAAAACCAAUAAUAAUCAUGGAAAUCCUGUGUUGAAUAGUUCAGCAGUAAAAUAUUCACUUCAUUUCGAUUUACCAUCUGCACCAUAUUGUGUACGAUCCGUAAUACCGGUGAUUGGUUAUAAAUCCCUACCAUCAAAACAGAUACUUUUCUUCUCGCCCACCUCAUCUACUUCGCCAUCACUAUCAACAUCCAUAGUGCAACAUACAGUGAAGAAAUCACAAUCCCUUAUACCUCUCAUCUCAUCCAGGUGUAAAUCUUGCAGUAAUGAAAACAGUGGCAAACACAUUGAUAAUCAAGCAAUUUAUUACCAAACUAUAAUAACUAGUACAAACUGUAAUAAUAGCUUCUCACAUUCAUGCAUGAAAAACCAUUACACUAAAAAAAUCUUCAUUACUAAAAGCAAUGAAUUAAAGAAUUCAUCUGAAACGACUAGCAAGUAUACAAGUAACGAUCAUUGGAAAUCUAGUGAUAAUUGUUCAAUAUCCGCAGAUAACUCCUUGCGCUCACCUUUUUAUUCGGAAUAUUCACAAGAUUCAAGAAGUACUUCCGACUGUGUCAGCCAGAAUGAAGAAAUUUUUACAGAUUUUGGUGGAGAUAUACAAAUGGAAGCAACUGUCAGUGAACUGUUGGCAUCGAUUCCAUCACCAUGUAAAUUACCAACUGAAGAUGACAGAAUAAUGCAGAUUGAUUUAAGUUCUAGCCUAUAUGACCCUGAUAUUCUACAGUAUGAUGAGUUAAGUAUACAUUCAUUGCAAGAUUCAAACGUAGAAGUUGAAGAAUCCCCUGGAUUUCAACCAGAUCUAUUCAAUGACUCAAUUAUUUCCAACAGUCAACAAGUGUAACUAAUAAUUAUUAACAUAAGU